AUGACCGGCGACACGCACUCGACCCCACCCGGCACGGAUCUCGAGCUGGGCAAGAACCCCAUCCAGCACAUUGAGUCGCACGACCAGAAGCCUUACGACACCGACCACCACAACAACUACACCGAUGGCCACAAACACCAUGACGCAGCACUCGACGCUCUUGGUGAGGGCCGUGUCGCUAUGACAGACGCACAGUCCCGAGCCGUCUGCAGAAAGAUCGACAUGAAUUUGCUCCCAAUUCUCGCCUGGGUGUACUUCCUACAGAUAUUGGACAAAUCCUGUGUGGGCUACGGAGCGACGUUUGGAAUGAAGGACGAAGCCCACCUCACCGCCCACCAGUACUCCCUCAUUUCCUCCGCCGGUUAUUGGGCCCAGCUCGCUCUCUGCUGCGGCCCUACUGCCUGGAUGAUUGUCAAGAUCCCAACUCGCGCCCUCAUGGCGGGCUGCAUCUUCUGCUGGGGAGCUUCCAUGAUCGGACUCGCCUUUAGCAAGUCAUGGCAACCUCUUCUCGCCAACCGCUUCCUGCUUGGUUUGUUCGAGGCCGUCAACAUUCCGCUCUUCACCGUCAUCACCACCACCUGGUACCGCCGUCGUGAACAGCCUCUCCGUGUCGCCAUUUGGUACGGCACCAACGGUGUCGCCUCGAUGCUCGGCUCGCUCCUCACAUGGGCGCUCUCGUUCAUCAACAGCCCCCACCUCUACGUCUACCAGAUCCUCUUCCUCACUGUCGGUCUUGCCACCGUCAUCACUGCUCCCAUCCUCUACUGGCGUCUCGACAACAACCCUGCUGAGGCUCGCUUCCUCACUCCCGAGGAGAAGCGCUUUGCCAUUGAGCGUCUUCGUGACAACAACACCGGUGUGCAGACCCAGGCGUUCAAGUGGGGCCAGUUCUUCGAGGCCUUCUACUCGCCUCCCAUGCUCUUCUACUUCCUCAUCACCUUCUGCAUCAACACUGGUGCCUCCGUCACCAACACUUUCGGUCCCCUCAUCAUCAAGGGCUUCGGUUUCAACGCCCGCCAGACCAUCCUGCUCAACAUCCCCUUCGGCUUCGUGCAGACUGCUGUUUGCUUCGCAGGAUGCCUCCUCGCUGCUCGCUACGGCUACAAGGGCUUUGUGCUUAUCGCAUUCAUGCUCCCCUGUAUCCUCGGUGCCGGUCUCCUCUACGGACUCGGACGCGAGAAGAAGGACGACGGACCCCUUCUCUUCGGUUACUACAUGAUUGGUUUCCUCUUCGGCGGUAACCCGCUCCUCUUCUCGUGGCUCGCCGGUAACACGGGUGGUUACACCAAGAAGUCGAUCUCCAUCUCCAUGUGCAACGCCGGUUCCGCCGUUGGGAACAUUGUCGGCCCCUUCCUCUUCGCCACUGGUGCCCCCGUCUACCACCAGGGUCUCGGCGCUGUCCUCGGUAUCUUUGUUGCCUGUGCAGCCCUCUCCGCCGGUCUCAUGGCCGUCCUUGCUGUGAUGAACAAGAAGAAGGAGAAGACCCGUGUCGCCAACGGCAAGCCUGCCAAGAUCGAGAACCACUCGAUGGAGAAGGAGUACCGCCAGACCAACGACGCGCACGUCGGCAACCAGGCCUUUGCCGAUCUUACCGACCGCCAGAACGACGAGUUUGUGUACACCUACUAA